AUGGUGUACUCUGGUACAUCAAGCUGCAAUAAAACAAAAUCUGCUCAUGGGGUUGCAAUUUAUCUAGACAAACAAGCAUCUAAUGUCUGGAAGGAAUCGGGAUCGGUAUGGGAGGCUGUAAAUGAAAGAAUAAUAAUGAUUCGUUUAAGAUGUAAGCCCAUUCACGUCACAAUAAUUGCAGUAUAUUCUCCAAUAAAUCCAAAUUAUAACAAACAGGCAAUCGAAGAAGUAGAUGCCUUUUAUUUAAAAUUACAACAAACAGUGGACAAAGUGCCUAAAGGUGAUAUGCUUCUGAUAAUGGGCGACUUUAAUGCAAGGGUUGGCAAGCAGCAAAACCAAACAACUAAACAUGUCAUCGGACCUCAUGCUGUGGAUAAAAUAAAUGAAAAUGGACAACAUCUGAUAGAUUUCUGUUCUCAUAAUGAUAUAAUCGUGGCCAACACAUUUUACCAGCAUAAAACAGUACAUCAAAUGACAUGGAAGCAUCCAGGAAACAAAAAAUGGCAUAUGCUGGAUUAUACACUAGUUAACAAGAAAUUUCGUUCAAGUGUAGAGGAUGUCAGAGUGUACAGAAAUGCAGCUGGUGCUAUUGGUACCGAUCAUCAUCUUUGUGUACGUUUGGACAUGAAUAAAAUAAACGAUGAUGAUUUACAGAAGAAAUUUCAAGAACAACUCCUGAACAAAUUGGAAGGUAUUGGUGCACAAAAGAAGACCGUAAAUGAAAAAUAUGAUGAAUUUUCUGAUUACGUGAAGAAUCUAGGUGGUACAAUAUUUAAGCAAGAACAAAAUACACCAAGAAGAGCAAAAGAAUGGUUGACAGAUGAAAUUAUGAAUCUUGUAAACGAAAAAGCAGCUGCCUUUGUCGAAUGGCAAAACCAUCGACAAACAAGGAUGGAACGAAAAUAUCGAAUUAAAUACUGUCUACUAAGAAAAUUAGUAAACAGAAAAAUACAUACUCGAAGACUUGAGUAUUGGGAUGAAGUGAGUGAAGAAAUAGAAAAGGCGAUUAAGCAACAUGAUCCAAGCACAGCAUACAGAGUGAUAAGACAACUGAAAGGUGGACGACUCAAUGUAGACAAUAUGCCAAUACAAAACAAACAAGGUGAUCUGCUUUCAAACUCAAACGAUGUAAUGUUGCGAUGGCGAGAAUACUUUUGUGACUUAUUAAAUGUUCACUCCGUUAUUGAUCCACACAUUUUUCAACAAAUCUCGGUACCUAUUAUUUCAACAACAGAACAAAUGCGACAAGACAAACCACCUUCUCUGUCUGAAGUUCAUGAUGCUAUCAAGCAAAUGAAGAACAGGAAAGCUCCCGGCGUCGACAAUAUAUCAGCAGACCUGCUCAAGGCUGGUGGCAUACCCAUGGCAAAAUGGGUACAUGAAAUAUUAUGUGAUGUUUGGAACGAUGAAGAAGUUGUAGAAGAUUGGACAACCGCCAUUCUAAUUCGGCUGUACAAAAAUAAGGGGGAUCGUACAGUGUGUGGUAACUAUAGAGGUAUAUCUCUUUUGGCAGUAACUGGCAAAAUCUUCUCACGCAUAAUACUAAAUCGGAUACAAAACGUAAUCGACAAACAAUUGCUGGAACAACAAGCUGGUUUUCGUCGCAACAAAUCUACAAUUGAUCCGAUCUUUACACUCAAAUUAAUAAUGGAAAAAUCUCAAGAAUAUAACAAAUCACUGUUCUUGUGUUUCAUUGAUAUACAAAAGGCUUAUGAUUCUGUUGAUAGAAAGUUGUUAUGGAAAAUAUGCAGGUGUUAUAGUAUAUCUGAUAAAGUGAUUCGGCUGCUAAAACUGCUUCACAGUAAAACAAACGCUCGGGUGCGUAUAAAUGGCAAACUAUCAGAAUCUUUCGAAAUGGAAACUGGUGUAUUGCAAGGAGGGAUCAUAUCACCGAUGCUGUUCAACAUAUUUUUCGACUAUGUCAUAAGAAGGGUGAUUGAAGAAGCUGGAGUAAAUGGCGUAAGGUUGGCUUUCGGCAGCAGAGAUUUUUUCCACACAGAUAAAGAUCAAUUUGAAGAUCUGGAUGUUGUGGCUUUAAUGUAUGCCGAUGACCUAGUAGCAAUAAGCGAUAAUGCAAGUGAUAUCGAACGCUUCAUUAGAACGUUUGAGAAAGUCACUCAACAAUGUGGUUUAACAAUGAACGUCAAAAAAACUUGUAUGAUGUCCCUCAAACAAUGUAAAGAAGAUGCUCAAAGAAGAGUCAUCAAAGGGCAGGAAAUUGAUAUACCCAAGUUUGAUAUAACAUUUCGAAAUGAAAACAUUGUAAUGGUUGAGCAUUUUCCAUAUCUGGGAUGCAUAGUCUCGAGAGAUCAGUCAAUAGAAAAAGAAAUCGAAGCAAGGCUGGGAAAGGCAUCUAGUGCUUUCAAUAUGCUUCGUAACACCAUCUGGUAUCGAAAAUCCAUAUCUUUUGAAGCCAAAUUCCGAAUUUUUCGUGCAUGUGUAUUGCCUGUAUUGCUGUAG